AGGUGAUCGAGAUAACUUCCAUGAAUUAUUAAGGAACGGAAACAAUUUGUCUGCAUUAAAUAUACGGAAAUGCAUCAACGAAAAACAAACGGAUCCACUUUGAGAUAAGCUAGCACCCCGCUGGAAAAAUGCUAACAACCACGAUUACUUUCUGCCGCUUCCGUCCAACGCACUGAAAUGAACUCUUCUAUCGCGGAAGCUCGAUCGGUAGUGAAAACAUUCAUUAAUCACUUCUGGUUGAAUAUAAAAGGCGCUAGUAAAACUGGGAUGGAAUCAUCAACGGCCUGAGAUGAGCUAAAUCCCUGCGAAGUCGGCUCUGCUGACGACGUCGUUAUUAUUGGAAGGCAUUUUGCUUGGAUUAAGUCGGUGAUAUGGAAAGAUCAGACUUUGAUGAACCGAUCUGCGGUUUAAUUCCUUUUCAUGUUCGGCAAUCACGCGGACUUGGAAACCGACAAUGCCAGUGUUGUCUAGUGUUUUCAUCUAUAUAUGUGUGUGUGUGUGUAUGUGUAGAUAAGUUUGUGGUUGGCUAUUUGCUGAUAUGAGUGGCUUACUGGCAUUCAACAGUGUUGGCGGGAUGAGCAAGCGGGACAGUAUCGAGGGCAGGAUGAUAAAGCAAAUCGCACAGUUGAGAAUAAAUUGCCGGAACGAAACCGUUUACCUAUAGAGCCUAGGCUUUGCGGUUGAGGCGUCUGACAGCAACUGUGGCAUUUGAUUGUGGUUUUCCUCCCGGAUUACCGACGCGAAUCAUUCGUUACAUACAAGCGGUGAGGAAGGGGGACAGCAUCAGACGAAAUACGAAACAAACCAAGGGACUAUCGCUGCUAGGAAACUGCGAGAAGCACGUUCGGUCGUGUGUUUGGACGGGGGAAACAUGUUAUGCCAUUAUCGCCUGCUUAUAUGUUUGUCCUGUUUUGUGGCUAAUUGUUGGAGUUCCACUUCGGAGUACCUAAUCAUUCGUCAUGGUCGGUCACGGGUACGCCACUCAAGCGAGAAAGAUCACAUCCGCUGGGGCCUGCAAGUGUUUGAUAAUUUCACUCUUCUGGACUACGACACGGUUGAUGAUUCAAAUGAAACCACCAGCAGCUCUGCCAUCGGUUCAAAAGCGCACAACAGAAUAGAAAAAGGUAACCGCAGUGGUCCCGGAAGUCCUAUUUUAGAAAACGGUAAUAGUUCCGAUACACUUACGAUUCAAUUCAGCGAAUCGGAAGAGUUGGACCGAAUGAUUGACAUCAGCGACUUUGAUAGCAUUUCUAUCGAAACCGGAAACGUGGGACGGCGACAGGCGGCUGUCAACAGUUGGGAAACCAAUCACAUCCUGAACCCACUCUCAGUUGACACGAUGGAUUCAAUACAGCCAUCAACCAGAUUGACACCUGCUGUGACGUCCGUGAUGGCAACACCAACAAAAGGUUCCCAACAGCAGCAGCCAAGAAAAAAGCUUAUCAAAAAAGAAAUAAUGGAAAACAUAAGAAAAACGGUCGAUAAAGGACUGGAAUAUCUCAAAUCUCACAAGAAUUUAGAUGAGGUUAAGAUAGAGCUGAAGUCUUUCCGCUCACACGUGGUUGAUGACAGGCCGGGACAUACUUUAGGAAAAACUUCCAUUGAUGCUGACACGAUGUCGGGUAAAGAUAUUCCCAGUCACGAACGACACGAAGCAAGGCAUGUGGAAGGCAAUCGAAAAGAUUACACCCCAGUGUCAUCGCCUAUUUCAAUUCCCUCCACCAGUGUGACCACGUUGGGUGCCGCAAGCAUAAUACAACCCCUUGUUUUUGUCGGGAACGAGCGCUGGAAAAGUGUCAAUAUACAUAAUGACGAUAGUUUUUUGGUUCCAUCAGCAAAAGCUAUAAAGCGGAAACUGAUUUCCACGGUCAGGGCAGCUACUGCCGGUAGACUCAAUGAUAAUGAUUACGCCAAUGAUUUUCCGCUUGCUAGCGAGGAUAAUUCCGCCACUGAAAAUGUUGCCAAUGAACUAACUCGCCAGCGGGAGCAUCGCGAGAAAAAAACUGAUCCAAUUAAAACAGUAGGAUUGAAUGCUAGGAACAGUGCCGAACUGGAAUUUAAUUACGUCCAGCGGAAAGCAAAAACGUUCGAACCACAUUCCUCAGUAACAUCCCCGGUAAAUAACGGUAGUAGCAAAACGGUGGAGGAGGAGGAGGAGGAGGAUGUCGACGACGAUGGGGAGAAUGGCGACGAUGUGAUAAAUAUUCUCAACGAUACGCCGACAAUGAGCUUCGAGCCAAACGAGGUGGACGUUUCGUCUACGAUGAUUUUUAAUGGUGACCCGUCAGUGUGGGUGUCCGAUGCUGAGGAUCCGAAGGUGGAUGAUGAAUCCAAUUAUAGACCGUCGGAUACAAGCGAGAUUUUCCGCAUGGAGGAAAUCGACUUGAGCGAAUUGGACGAAACCAGUAGGAAUAAUCGACGGAACUUAAUGAAGGGUCGCGAUGUGGUGACCCAAUUUCUACAAAUCGUAGAAAGUCAACAUCUACUUGGAUCCAACUGUACAGCUGGGACUGCUCUCAAUCUCGGCGAGGGUGUAGUUGACCGCUAUGCACAGGAUCGGUUUCGAGUUGAGGCGGAAAUUGCCGUCAACAGAGCGAACAUGCUGACUCGGAUCUUCAAAUUUGCCGCACCCGAAGUGCAAGCGUCGGAACAUCUGCUCCACGCAUCCGUUCUGUCGAUGGUGGAAUUUGACGAUGACAUCUUCGCCGCCGGAAAUUGCUUCGACUGGAACCAGCAUCCGGCGAAGAAGGGGUUGUUCUGCCCGUUCGCCUAUCGGCUGCCAACACCCGACCAGGGAGCUUCCCUGGCCAAGGAUCUGGCGGCCGAGUAUCAUUACUUGGGCAACACAUCGGAGUGGUUUUUCCUCGCCCGAAAGAACGCCGAGAAGGUUAUAUCCCGGAACGAGCAGUAUAUCAAAUCAUUCCACAUCUACUCCAACAACUCGGUACGCCAGGCGGACGAAAUCCUGUCGGUGAAAUACGAGGACGGUCGCUGGUCCAAGCCAUACUACGACUGCGGUGGCGGCAACAUCUGGAUGCUGACGUACACGGUGCCAUUUUUCGGCUUCGAGAACGGAACGUACUUUUUCAAAGGAACAUCCGGCAUCGAUAUUGAUUUGCGGCGCGUGGAUAUCGAUCAGUGCCCGCAGAGGAGUUCUCCUGCCGGAACUCAGCAACCGCUCAACAUUUUCGCCGGAACGGAUAAAUGCAAACAGCGAACGACGGAGUGCACGCCCAUUCCUGGACUAGGCUUCCGUCGUGGAUCCUAUCGGUGCGUGUGCCGAAAAGGGUUCUACUUUCCAGACACCAGUCACGAGCAGAAGUGGUUCAACGGAACGACACUCGAGGAGGAGUAUGAAAAAUUAAUGCUGAACGAAUUCAGCAGCUACAAUGUCCCAGCAUCGUACGAAUGCCUCCAGUGCGCCGAGGGGUGUGAUGCUUGCUUGGACGCCUCACCGUGCGUGGCUGCUCUCAACUGGACAAUGCGCACAGGAAUUCUGGUGCUAGCCUGCACAGUCAUCGGCUUGCUACCACCCGCGGCACUAUUCACUUUUCGCUACCAACAAGUCAAGGUGGUUCGUGCUGCCAGUCCUGCAUUGCUUCGAGUCAUUGCGCUCGGGGCUUUUUGUAUAUACUGCACGUCAAUCGUGAUGUAUCCACCACCCUCACUCUAUACAUGCACUGCCCGAGUUUGGCUACGUGAAAUUGGGUUUUCGUUGACAUACGGUGCGCUGAUGCUGAAAACCUGGAGGAUAUCUGUCAUCUUCCGGGUCCGCUCGGCGAAAGCGGUGAAAAUCACCGAUGCAUAUCUGCUCAAGCGCCUGGGAGUCCUGUGCGGUUUCGUCGGAAUCGCAUUAUUGGUGAGGACACUUGUGGCGCCUCCCGUGGUAAUUGUCGGCCGCACGGCGGACAAUCUAAAGGCCUUCCUCUGCAAAACCGACUGGUGGGAUCAUACCUUCACAUCGAUGGAAGUGCUGUUCCUGGCGUGGGGCGUCCGCUUGUGCAUCAUGGUGCGAAAGGCUCCGUCCGAGUUUAAUGAAAGUCGAUUCAUUUCGAUGGCAAUCUACAACGAAUUCCUUCUGACGUGCUUCCUCAACGUGUCCAUGCUGUUCCUGCAAUCGCCCGCUAAUCCAGAUUUAUUGUACAUCAUAUUUUUCUGCCACACACAGCUUACUGUCACCCUUCUCUUGGGGCUGAUAUUCGGCAGCAAGGUUUACCUCGUGUUCCGGGGCGGUGGUAAGCACCAGGACGACUCAACCGGGCUCGGCAUCAAGCCAUCUGGUGCAAAAUUCAUUAGCCGUACUCACGGACGAACGUUCGCCAAUGCCAGCAGCGUGACGACGUCGACCGCACAACUGGGCGGAAAUGCGGCAAACGAAGGACGCCUAACAGAGGAGGAAGCCACCGAGGAGAUCAAGGAAUUGUACAACCAACUGCAGCGCCUGUACGAUCGGAUUCCUCAACGGGGAGUGGCAGUGGCAACGAUCGCUAGUUUGAUGGAGACAUGCAAAAACCCGUCACUAAAACCUCCUCCACCAACCGGGGGAACCAUGAAAGCAAUCAUGGCUGCCUCGGAAAGCAGAAAACCGAAGUUGGACAAAGGCACCAAUACUAAUACGCUUCCGAACGGGAAAUACGGGAACGGUGCAUUGGAGCCCAACACACGAAUCCUGAUUACGGACGAUUCCGUUCAUAAUGCUCGAUCGAUAGACAGUAGUAACUUCCACUCGGACAUUCUUCAGCUAAAGUGUAUGUGUAGUGACGAUGAGGUGGAGGAUAGAAGGGAAGCAUGUGAGUGUCGUGGUAAUGAAGUGACGUAUUCCUGUAACAAAACCAUUUGUAGUUUUAAGCAUGCUGAUGUCUGUGAUAGUGACCAAGGGCACACGAGGGCAGUUCUAGUGAAGCAAAUCUCGGAACAUGCGUUGACCAGUACAAGCUGUUGCAGCGGAAUAAAUCGGAAUUGUUCCGGCAGUCAGCCAGAAGAAAAGUGUAGUAGUAGUUGUAGUAGUAAUAGAUUCGUCGAAUUGAGAGUGAAAAAUUUCGAAUCAUGUGAUAACCUGUUGCAUCAACAGCAAAAACAGAAACAGACAUUGGCCACAUACGGUGAUAGCGUAGAUAAUCAUUUAAAUCAGCGGCCAACUUCGGGUGGAGGUGGCCUAGUGACGACGGCUUCUUCUCUCAGUGUGGACGAAAACAACUUUAGGAAUGUAAACUUGGAGAACUUUAACAAAUUGUACGCUAGCCACAACAACAAAAUAGAUAGUUUGAAAGAAAAUUUCCUAAUGAGAACUGCACUGACCACCGCACUGCACAAUCUGGAGAACGAGAAUCGAUCACGCAGCAAACGAGUAAACGCGGAAUCGAUACAGCUACCGCCAAUGGUCGACCAAUCACGGCCAUUUUUUUCUUGCUACAGUACCACAAUAGUUACCUCCAGUACCACCACUACGACCACUACAGUAUGUUCCGGUACUGGUAACAACAACUGCAACACACCAACUCCAUCGUGUAGUUCAUCGGGCACACCAACUACGAUAGCAACGUCCUCCUCGAGCGCAAUAGCGCCUAUCCAGAGCGACGCGGAUCCUGAAGCUAACCCGACCAGUUCCUCAGCCACCGGCAGUCAGCAAUUGGGGAAGAAGAAAAAAUCCCCGGAGAAAAGGUUGGUUAUCGAUUUGAACGACAGAUCGAAGUACACCGAAGAGGUUUCCGUUUGAGAUUGCUAGAAUCGGUAGGAUUUUCCGAAACCAAUUGUGAUUCACCAUCCCCGAAACGGGAAGGGUUGGACCAUCGUGGCGAAGAAACUUUCGAAGCUAGUUAAAUUGCUGGUGGAAUUAUCUUUGUAAAUUGUAAGAAUGAAAUUAUUCAAACUUUUCGUUUUUAAAGUAGUUGGUAAAAAAAAUAUUAAACCAAAUCGUUUAACUAGUUCUAGGAUAACGGUAAGUAGAUUAAAUUUGGUUCUUCUACACAUGUUUGACUGAAUCGGAAAUGCUGCAAAUAGUGGAAAACUUUGCUAUUCAACACAUGCUCCUACGAUGGACCGUAAUAUCUUUUUAAUCCGGAUAACAGUAAAUCAUGUCGAUGGGGUCGCAUAAAUCAUACGCACGUACGUCUGGGUAAAUUUGUAUAUAAUCCACAACAGUCAUCAUCGAUAGCAUCUGCCUGCUGUCCGGUAAACGAUUGGAGUUUCAGUUGGUUUCAUUUUUUUUCUCUUUUUAUCAAUCAAUAUUCACAAAGUCACGUCGUCCCGGUCGCACGUAACGCAUCAUUAUCGUAAAUUCCAUCCUUGCCGUUUUGUUGCCCAAAAGGGUGGGUUCCGCACGAUUUUUGCAAAACUCGAACUAAGCAAAAUGUGAAUCGAACCUUGGGGAGUCAUAAAAUAAGAUAAAACACUUCUACUAUAGACAAGUAUUCUCAGUUGCAAAGUGCGCUCACGUCGUUCGUAAAAAUAACAUUUCCUUCUACUAAAUAGCUGUGCUGGGAUAACGGAAGAAUGGAAAAAGUGUCCGGUUUUCGUUUGUAAGCUUAUACCGUAUUUUACAACUUCAACAAGACGAAGAUUCCCACUGUCGCUUCGAGGAAAGCGCAUGACUGCCACUGAAAAUGUCUUCAGCGAGGAGCUUUACAAAGUCUGUCAAUUAAAUUAAUUGCUGUUUUAAGUAUGCUGAUUGCGAUAGAUUUGCAAGUAUGUACACGCGAGAGAACUGUAUGGAACAUGGCAGUCGGAUGACAAUUAAAAUCCUCGGUGGAUUUAUUUAGUUUGGAUUGAAAAAAGAAAAAAAAAACUUUCACAUCCGGGGACACAAAGCCUACUGCAAACUCAGAAUCGGUUUCUUAAUAUCCAGUUGAUCUUUUGUCGUUUACUGGCUGAACGUAUAUAUAAAAGCAAACGAGCUAUCCAAUCGUAUAUUAUUGUUUUCGAAUUGAUAUGGAAAUAAGGUCAAAGCCGAUGAUUCCGUUUACUUUCUCGGUCUUGUUGGCUUCGUCCGUAUCGGAUGCCAUAAAGAGACGACAAAAUUAGUAUGCACUGGCUCGCCGUUUAUUUUCAAUUACCACAGCUUAUUGUUCUAUCGGUAUCUUUACUAACUAUACCGUUCAUUGUGUCUCGUGUCUCACAUUUCAAGGGGUUCUUCAAAAGCUUGAGGCUUUCCAGUCUCGGCAGCCAACAAUUCUGCUGGUUGAAGACACUAACUGAUGUUCAGAGUUUCUACAAUCAAAUCUAUAUUAGAUAGGUUAGGUUGGUCGGUCGGUUGGGGAAACAGCGAUGAAGGGUUACGUGUGCCACCAGCUAGGGUAGACGAGCCCUUAUUCGAAGUAAUACAAUGAAAAAUCUGGCCUGCAAAAUUUAAAAUACUCCCGUUUGAGUGAAGUGAGAAGUCGAGUGCAACGCACCCUUAUUCAUCCCACCAUUUAAGCUUAUGCGUUGAGCAGAGAUAGCAGACACUGCUUUCACUAAUGUGCUUGAAUGAGUGGGAUAAAUAUUGGUACUAAGAUGAAUUGGGGAACAGGUACCCUAACAAACAUUUCACCAGGUGCUGCUGAGUUUCAUGUAGAGUCGUUAGUACCUAUACAAAAUAUGAUACUAAUCGUUUGCGUGUAUGGCCUCUCAAACGUUUUAAAGCUUUAUGGAAACUACAUCACGUUACCAUUUUAAAAGCAUGAUUCCUUGUCAAACACUGUUUAUUUCACGCUGCAACAAUGAUUGAAGCUCCAUAUCUUGAAUAGAGGUAUCAGUUUAUUAGUCUGUGACUUUUGGACUUGUACAGUGCGAAAGACCACAAAGCCAAGGACUGCAGAGUAGCUAAGGCGAAGAGUGUGAACUAUGUUAGAAUGAAUGCAGCCGAGCCUAGUCUGCCACCGAGGAAACAAACGUGAGUCACGCCGCGUGAAGCUUGGAUUGUCCACUUUAUUUAAGGCACCCGAAGAUGGCUAGAUCGAGGAUUGAUUACUCGUAAUUACCCGCAAUAAUGUGGUUGUUCGCAAAGGAAACCACCGACUCUGAUUCGCCAGGUAAAAAAAAAACUUGAGACUAUAUCUUCACGAAGCUGAUACUGCAAUCACAUGUGCAUACUGAAGUACUGCUCGUGAGUUUCUGUACCUCAAAGUGUUUUUAAUGUGUAAAAUAUUCAUCUUACUCCCGUUAGGAUCGAAGGUUGCUUCCCGCAUUAAUCUCCUGGACGGUGUUGUGUUGGUUUGAAAAAUUAUCGAGAUAAAUCGAAUAUUUUGUGCAAUAAAUCUGCUCAAUUUGUGAUGUUGUUUACAACGCCGCUACUUGUGUGUAGUUUUCCACAAAAUUGAAUGCGCUCGCUGCGCCAUCUGCACGCGAAUGGCGUGUUUCCCACACUCUAAUUUGUGUGCCACAGCGAGACGAGAUCACAAAACCCGGACAUGGGGCGCAUGGAAAGCAACCAUGAAUUCCAGUUGCUAGUCAUGCGAUUCCUCCGCACUUGUGUUCCUGGUUAUCAGUUCUGGGUCUAUCUGAGCCGCCUCGACCCGAGCCAUACAGUGGAGGAGAUUGUUGCUAUUGCCCAAGAAUGCCUAGGAAUAAACGACAAAUCGAAAGCAAUAUUGGGUCAUAAAAAAUACCGAUAUCACGAAACUCGACUUCAUUUCAUUCCGAGUUGAGCUUCCGAGCGAACUAAACGACACUGCACUCAAAGUGUGUUCUUGCCCACUAGAGCACUCAUUCGUGAAUUCUAUUUCGAGCGGUCAAAACAUUCGUUAAUGGGAUAGCUGUAUUCACUGCUGCUUGUGGAGUGAAGAAAAGGUCUUCCAAACUUCCUACUGCGGCAAGUAUCCAUCCAUUCUGAAUAAUUCAAGCGCUGGAAAGCAGCGUCGUAUCAGCACCAUAUGCCGGCGAACCGCAGCUGUUUACAAGAGGCACUUAGUCCCGCUGCAUCCAUAUCUCACGUAAUCUUGUCUCUUCGGUCACUGGGACGCACACUUUCCGUCUGUCGAACCUUUGUUACUGCCAUCAUAAUAGAGCCCUUCCUACCAGCAACAAAAAGCCGUCCCGGUCGGGCGGUAGAGAUGGAACGAGGGGUCUUCUGCAAACCAACCUCAAGCUAAUACAAUGCGUCUCUGAUCUCCUUGCCUCGAAGCAACAGCCUUGGUCAACGACGGGAUAAACUACUGCUAUACUCCCAAAAUGUUGGUGGUAUAAACUCAAUCGUUGAGCAAUACCGCCUUGCAGUCUCCGAUAAGAGUUUCGUAUUCGUCGAAACAUGGUCAUCAUUUGACGCUUUCAGGUAUUCGGCACUAGAUAAGAGGUGUUUCGUUAUGAUCGGAGCCUUAGCAAUAGCCGAAAAUCCACCGAAUAUGGCGUAUUAGUAGCAGUCGAUAAUUGUCGAGAACAUUUUUUGGGUUUGGCUAGAGCAGGUUUGCAUGAUUAUCUAGCUUUGCGACCGUAAGUUGUACUUGUGUGCGUCGUAUGCAGCUCAGUUUUUACUAUCCUCGAAGACGCUAAUGCAGUUCGUGACAUCUUGGUACUAGGAGAUUUUAAUCUUCCUAGUAUUUCAUGGAAAUCAUCCCCAACGGAUUUCUUUAUUAGGAUUCGAGCCAUUCCGUUCUCCACCCAAGUGUAGCGAGACUACUUGACAGCUAUAGCUCAGCUACGUUACGACAAAUCUCGAUCUUUGUUUUGCUAGCGAUCAGGCUUCCGCCACAUCAAUAGUGAUGGCUCCCUCUAGUAAAACCAGUGGCACAUCAUCCUCCAUUGAUCGCCACGAUUAAUAGGUUUGUGGUGCAUGAUUUCGAAAUUUCUUUCUGUCUCCUGCGACUUCCGUAAAGCCGACCAUCGCAGUAUCGCAGACCUUUUGU